AUGCACCGUGUGCAGUUCCCCGAGCCGGCGCUCAGCGCCUCGGAGCAUGACAGCGCCAACUCAUCGAUCGCCGACCUGUCGCGGACAGUUGAUGCGCCGUCAGUUCAGGAUACCCAGCUGACACUGCGCGCCCUCGUGUCGACCAAGGAGGCCGGCGUCAUCAUUGGCAAGGGCGGCAAGAACGUUGCUGACUUGCGCGAGGCCGCCAAUGUCAAGGCCGGCGUGUCCAAGGUGGUUCCGGGCGUGCACGACCGUGUGCUGUCGGUGACGGGCUUCCUCAGCGAUGUGGCCAAUGCGUAUCAGCUUGUGGCCCAGACGCUGGUGGAGAACCCGAUGGCCGUCAGCACGCAGCUGGGCAUGCAGCUGGCGACGCCGCCGCCGAUGCAGACCGUCGUGCGGAUCCUGAUCUCGCACAACCUGAUGGGCACGAUCAUUGGCCGCCAAGGCCUCAAGAUCAAGCAUAUCCAGGACACGUCGGGCGCGCGGCUGGUGGCCACCAAGGAGAUGCUGCCGCAGUCAACCGAGCGCGUCGUCGAAGUGCACGGCAGCGUCGAGGGCAUCCGUGUGGCCAUCGAGGAGAUCGGCAAGUGCCUGAUCGACGACUGGGAGCGCGGCGUCGGCACCGUGUUGUACAACCCUGCCACACGUGUGCCCACCGUGACUUCGACGUCCAACCCCUACGUCAACAACUUACGCGCGUCCGUCGACUUUACGCACGCCGACUCUGACCGCACCACCGCGUCGCCGACCCACUCGGGCAAUGCAUAUGCCUCGCUGAGCCGCCACCGCUCGCACACCGUGUCGGUGACCCGGGCAUCGGCGCAGGUUGCCCCCGACUUUUUGUCGUCGAUGCCCAUGCCGCCGCGCCCCACGAUGGCCUUUCCGCAGUCGCGCGAGACCGGCUCCGGCGCCAUCACGCCUCCCAGCUACGUGCCCAACGUCGCCGCCGUGUCGAGCGCGCGCCUGCGCUCGCAGUCCGUCAGCGUCCAGGCCCAGCGCGGCAUCGACCCCGCUGCGCUGAUGGCCAACACGCGCACCCAGCAGAUCGCCAUCCCUUGCGACAUGGUCGGCUGCAUCAUCGGCAAGAACGGCGCCCGUAUCUCUGAGAUUCGCCGCCUCUCGGGCUCGCGCAUCUCCAUCGCCAAGGUCACCGAGAGCGAGGGCGGCGACCGUCUGUUCACCAUCAAGGGCACCCCUGAGUGCAACGAGCGCGCCCUUUACAUGCUGUACGGUCAGCUGGAGGCCGAGCAUGAGCGCCGCCUGAACAAUGCUCGGCUCAUGGCCACCCUUGAGUCCAUCAACGAGCAGGUCAUUUCCAUGCGCAGACUACCAUUGGACGCAGCAUUUGUGCACACAGUGUAUGAGGAUUGCACGGCAUCAUGGCAUAUAGACUUAUUGACAACGACUGCGCUGCAAGUGGGCCCAACGGGGUCCACUGGGAGUACCACUGGGUCCGCUGGAGCUGCAGCUGGGUCCACCAGGAGUGCAGCAGAGUCUACGGGACCUGCAGCUGCUGCGUAA